GUAGGUGGCGGUAAUGCUCAAAAUCGAUGCGAGAUUGCGUAUCGCCAAAUAAAGGCAGAACAAGAGGACUUCCUCCUCUUCGGACUUCAUUAAGCAGACUUUUAACGUCAGCAAUUUAGUUGUCUUUAGUUGCAAUUAAGAUGGCUGAGCAGGACAUUGGUGCAGCAGAGGAUGCUAUGUUCCAUGCAGACCUGCUUUUGGCUCAAAUGAAAGAAAAACAAGAUGAGAAAAGUGCCCCCCCCCAACCGGGAGAGUAAAUUUCAGUGGAUUGAGAGAGACUGUGAAGGUCGUCCACUGCUGAAAAGAAAGAGCAGAAGCGGAAAAACGCGUAUGCGUUCUUCAGCUACAGUCCUGAAUCCUUGUGACCCAGCUGAGGAGGUAUCCAUGGUGACAGAACAAAACAUGUCUCAACACUUACUUGACAGUGAGAUGCAGAAACUGCAGGAGAUUCUGGCAACAACUGUUGAAGCUUCAGAUGGUCCUCCUUCAACAUCAUCAUCAUGGAGCUUGCGACAGUCUGCAGCCCAAGAUGAGUGGCAGAAAGCAAGGCCCUACCACCUGGACUGCUUGUUGUUCUCCAGGGUGGUCAAGGAAAAUAAAUGCAGUCAGUGCUCAUCUCCUGCCAUUAUUCGUUGCAGAGACUGCAUGCCUGAAGAGUGGCUGUGUAUGGAGUGUGAUAUAAUUUGCCACAAAAAACUGGUACUCCAUAACAGGGAGUCGUGCAUUGAUGGAUUUUACCGGCCCAUUCCGCCAACGGUGUGCUGUGUGAAAGAAAAUGGCAGAUGUACAUUAAAAAAUCAAGUUCGGCUGUUGCCUACAGUGAGACCUGACCGACUGUGCACCUGUGACCCAACAAACAUCACAGAAUCUGCUGGAAGAGUAACUAUUUUGGUUUGCAUAAAUGGUCGUUAUGACUUGUACUUGCCCAAUUUGGCGUGCAGAGUGUGUCUAUCACAAUGGACACCUGACAGAAGCGACCUCAUAAGAAGUGGGUAUUGGCCAGCAUCUGUAAAUUCUGAAACAUUGUUUUCAGUGGAUGUAUUCAGCACAUUUGAGGAGAUGAAAACCGUUGCUCCGGGUUUGUCAAGACAAGGCUUUUUGCGGUUGUUAGAGCAGAGGACAGAGCAGUUUGGAAGGAGCGGUAAAAUACAUGGAGAUGCAUUUCAAAGGAGCUUUGUGGAAUACACUUUCUGCCAGUUUUUAUGUGAGAAAAUGGCAAAUGUGGAGCACUUCACCUGCCCAGCAUGUACACCCAACAUGCUUGCGGUUUCUGCAGACGGCAACAGAAAACUGUACAGGUUUCAACACUCUAAAGGGUCAGAGGAACCAUACUUUGAGGGCAUCUUCAUUGCCAAAGAUGUGGACGUAUCCUCUUUCGUUGAAGAAAUCAGGAGUAAAGCGAAAAGUACUCCAGGAAAAGGCACUUGUGGUGCUACUCAGUGGUCUGCUGCCAGGGAGACUGCCAGAAGAGCUAGCAAACUUGAUGAAGAGGGUCUUGAGGUAGCUGUUUGCAGGCAUGGGGUGAUAUUAAAGGGUCUCAACAUGUACAGGGGGGAGAUCUUUCCGUAUCCCCUAUUCCUGCAGAAGGAGCUUCAGGCAGCCACAAACAUACAUUUCUACUGCACUGACAUCUCAUGCAAGUACUGGCCCUAUCUUCAGAAGAUGUCAGUCUCUAUGCCUGAACUGAGCCCUCUUCUUCAAAUGAGACCAUUUCUGUCAGUCAUGCACGCCAAGGCCCAUUCAACUAAGUGUGAGAUUGUCUGGAGUGGUAGGAAUCAGGAGGGUGCUGGCGCAACUGCAGGGGAAGAGGUGGAAAUGGUGAACAGUUUCCUCUCUCGUUGUGCUCUCACAACGAAGUACAUGACCAAAUCUGCUCGCAAUGACAUGCUGACUGUACAUGCAAUUGGGUGGAAUAGACGCAAGCAUGAUGGCCUUCAUCUUGCAUUGUCCAACAGAUAUGUCAAGACCGUCCGAAAGGCUGAGGGGUCCCAGAGGAGUCCCAGAGGCUGGAGAACUUGAGCCGUGAACUUGGGUGUCCUGAGAACAUGGUCCAGCAGUGGGUACAUGACGUCAGACAGUGGGCCACUGAUGAUUCUAUAGAUGUCAGACAGGAUGACCAACAUAGCCUUCAGCGGUCGAUAGAGCACAUAUGUAUGGGUGUCUAUCAAAAAAAAGCAAGCCUUUAUAAUCAGACAGACAGCAACAAGAUUCGACAAAUGCGGCGACGGAAACUGGGGGAAGAGAAAAGGAAACUCUUUGAAGCAAUCAAACGAUACAAUGAGCAGGUGCCAGAGGAGGAGGGCAUAAAUGAGCAGAUGGUGGAGAGCCGACUCUCUAUGGUGGGCCAUGGCAGUGGGGAGGACAGUCUAAUAUGGCCAUGGGAGGUUCACAGCGCUGAAUCCACAAACAUCCUCACUAAGAAGAAGAUUUUCGAUGCAUACAUGUCAAAGAUGCGGCUGCAAGAAGAGAAGAUCCUAAUUCUUAGGGAGAUGAGACAGCACUGCACCUACCUCAGAGGGCUGGCUGAUGGCAUUAGGAAGCUGAUUGCAGAAAUGUCUGGAGGAAACCGUGGCAGUUUAACUGACGAGGGGCAUUGUGGGCUACAGUGUCUUCUACAGGAAAGGCUUGCUGAUGUGGAGGAGAAGAUUAAAGUCGUUUCCUCAAGAUACAGCUUGGCUUUAGGACCUCUAUUCCCUGAAGACUGGUCUGAGGAGAUACCGGAGAUACCGGAUGAGAAUAAAGGACUUGAAUACGAGAGCUCAGAGUACAGUGAUUUGGAAGAUGUCUAACUAAUUUGUGAAUUGACAUGUGUUUUUGCAUUUGCUUGCCGGUUUUUUUUUUUUUUGUUUGGAGGGUGUGGUUUUGGACAUACCCUUUUUCAAUAGAUAGUCUCCCUUAUUUAAUUUACAUAAAUACCAUUGCCUUUAUUGUGAUGAAUAAACUAGCAAAAUUAUUUCUGUGUCAGAUGAAGAGUCCCCACCCACCAGCCCUGUAACUGAUCAAAUUAAUGUACUUGGUACUAACUCUAUAAAUAAAAGCUGACGUAUAGUGA